CUGCCCCGGACUUCGCGUGUGGGUGCCGGGGGCGUCUCCUCGCAGCCUCAGCCGCGGCCGAUCGGUCUGCUGGCACGCCUAGAGUCCAUUCCUGUUGCUUUCGGUGCCCUCGGCCAAGGACCCCGUUGCCAUGGUGAAAGAGAAAGUGGCCCAUCCUCAGGACCCUCACCACUCAUCAGAGAAACCUGCCAUUCACUGCCAUAAAUGCGGGGAGCCAUGCAAGGGCGAAGUACUCCGGGUCCAGACCAAGCAUUUCCAUAUCAAAUGUUUCACCUGCAAAGUGUGCGGCUGCGACCUGGCCCAAGGAGGCUUCUUCAUAAAGAACGGGGACUAUUUGUGCACCCUGGACUACCAGAGGAUGUAUGGGACACGGUGCCACGGCUGUGGGGAGUUCGUGGAGGGCGAGGUGGUCACUGCCCUGGGCAAGACCUACCAUCCCAACUGCUUUGCCUGUACCAUCUGCAAGCGCCCGUUUCCACCCGGAGACCGAGUCACAUUCAAUGGGAGAGACUGUCUUUGUCAACUUUGUGCACAGCCGAUGUCUUCCAGCCCCAAAGAAGCCACCUGCUCAAGCAACUGCGCUGGCUGUGGAAGGGACAUUAAGAACGGGCAGGCACUGCUGGCCCUGGACAAGCAAUGGCAUUUGGGCUGCUUCAAGUGCAAGUCCUGCGGGAAGGUCCUUACCGGCGAGUACAUCAGCAAGGAUGGCUCCCCAUACUGUGAAAAGGACUACCAGGGACUCUUUGGAGUGAAGUGUGAAGCCUGUCACCAGUUUAUCACAGGAAAAGUCCUAGAGGCAGGUGACAAACACUAUCACCCCAGCUGCGCACGAUGCAGCAGAUGCAACCAGAUGUUCACAGAAGGGGAAGAAAUGUAUCUUCAAGGUUCUACCGUGUGGCAUCCCGACUGUAAGCAGUCCACCAAGACAGAGGAGAAGCUGCGGCCACCAAACAUUCAGCGUUCUUCAUCUGAUUUCUUUUAUCCCAAAAGUCUGAUUCGUCGCAUGGGACGGUCCCCAGCUCUACAGCCCACCAGGACCUCCUCUGAAAGUAUUUAUUCUAGACCAGGCUCCAGCAUCCCUGGCUCACCAGGCCAUACUAUCUAUGCAAAAGUAGACAAUGAAAUACUGGAUUACAAGGAUUUAGCAGCCAUUCCCAAAGUCAAGGCAAUUUAUGAUAUUGAGCGUCCAGACCUCAUUACCUAUGAGCCCUUCUACACUUCAGGCUAUGAGGACAAGCAGGAGAGACAGAGCCUUGGAGAGUCUCCAAGGACUUUGUCUCCUACUCCAUCAGCAGAAGGUUACCAGGAUGUUCGGGAUCGGAUGAUCCACCGGUCUACCAGCCAGGGCUCCAUCAACUCCCCUGUCUACAGCCGUCACAGUUACACUCCAACCACAUCCCGCUCACCACAGCAUUUCCACCGACCUGAGCUUUUGUCUCCUGGUGUGCACAGGUGGUCCCCCCUGCGCACCAGCAGCUUCAGCUCCACCCACAGCGACUCCCGUCCCAACCCCCCCUUCAGACACCACUUCCUCCCCUAUGUCAAAGGCAAUGAGCCGUCCAGCGGCCGGAGCUCCCCUCUCCCUUACCGGCCCGACAACCGCCCUCUAACUCCAACUUACGCUCAGGCCCCUAAACAUUUCCAUGUUCCAGAUCAAGGGAUCAACAUUUACCGAAAACCUCCCAUCUACAAACAGCAUGCUGCCUUGGCAGCCCAGAGCAAGGCUUCAGAAGACAUCAUCAAGUUUUCCAAGUUCCCAGCGGCCCAGGCGCCAGACCCCAGCGAGAUACCCAAGACUGAGACUGACCACUGGCCUGGUCCCCACUCUCUUGCCGCCGUGGGAACUGACAUGAGACGCAGAUCUAGUGGCAGAGAGGAAGAUGAGGAGGAGCUCCUGAGACGCCGGCAGCUUCAAGAAGAGCAAUUGAUGAAGCUCAACUCAGGCCUGGGGCAGUUGAUACUGAAGGAGGAGAUGGAGAAGGAGAACAGAGAAAGAGCAUCCCUGCUGGCCAGUCGCUAUGACUCUCCCCUGCACUCAGCUGCACAUGCUCCAUCAUCAAAAACUUCGUCUCUCCCUGGUUACGGCAAGAACGGCCUUCACCGGCCGGUUUCCACAGACUUUGCUCAGUACAACAGCUACGGAGAUGUCAGUGGCGGAGUUCGAGACUACCAGACCCUUCCAGAUGGCCACAUGCCAGCCAUGAGAAUGGACCGAGGCGUGUCCAUGCCCAACAUGUUGGAACCAAAGAUAUUUCCCUAUGAAAUGCUCAUGGUGACCAACAGAGGGCGCAACAAAAUCCUAAGAGAUGUGGAUAGAACCCGGCUGGAGCGUCACUUAGCCCCAGAAGUAUUUUGGGAAAUCUUUGGGAUGUCCAUACAGGAAUUUGACAAGUUACCUCUUUGGAGACGCAACGACAUGAAGAAAAAAGCUAAACUCUUCUAAGUCCCCCGAAUAAAUGACAAUCAGGAAAUGACUCUCGGUGGCGGUGGUGCCUAGAACCUUGUAUUAAGGCCCGGAAUCAUCGAUCAGAGAAUUUGUUCGCUACCAUCUCCCAGCAGCAACACUGAGGGAAAGUCUGACCUCAGCACCCAUGAGCCACAUCCUGGGCCAAGCAACAGUCACACUUGCCGAGCAGUGACGGGGUAGAAAUUUCUAUGUUCCCAAACUCAGCAGUAAUGUCCACACCAACCUUGUCACGUGACUAUGUCCACAACAAGGGACUUCUUUCUCCUUUUAUUUCCCCCUUUAACCGAUGUCUAACUUAGUGCUGCGUCUACCUGUAAGGGUCUGUAAGUGUCCUUAGGAAGCCACACAGGAAGAAAUGACUGGGAGUCCCAAAGUAUGAAUCUAUUUAUUAUGUAGCACUGUGGCUGAGGAGGAAUCCGGAGGCCAGCGUUGAUGUGGUAGCAACAACUUGGCCUUUCCUUGGCAGCCUCCCUCUGCUCUGCCUGGGCUCUGGGGGAACUAGAACUUCCUCAGGGAACCGGGUAGUUCUGAGUGUGCAGUUGAGGACCAGCAAAAAUGAUUUGAAUGAGUUCCUCUUCCCUUCCUGUGUUCUGGGACCUGGUUGGCCAACUGCUGGCGGGGGUGAGGGUGGGGGGGGGGGGGAUUUAAGAGAAAAGGAAAAGGAAAAAGAAAUGAAGGAAGCCUGCCCUCCCUGGGCGUCUUUUCUCCCUGUACAUUGACAGGAACCGGUGUGUCCACCUCUGCAAACAAAGGAAAGGCAAAGUGAGUUUCCAGACUGGUCCAGCUGCUGCUGGGUGACCUGUGCACAUGAGUCAUGUCUCUCUUAGAGAAGGAAAAUCUGUGCCCUACUACCGUCACAAGUUCUCCCCCUCAGCGUCCCCUGCUGUCUGUCUGUCUGUCUGUCAUCUGAUGGGUCAGGUCAAGCCCUGGUUGAUACAGUGUUUUAAGGGCAUAGCCUAAUUUUUCUCCUUCAGAUCUCUGCAACCCCGAAGUAGAUUGCUUCAGACAGGUUUCAUGUGGCCUGGUUUCAGUUUCCUUCUUGCUGGCACAGUUGACAUGUCGACGUGUGCUCACACCUGUGUGUAAUUCACCCAGGGAAGUCCUGUCAGUCUACAUGUGCAUCUUUGUAACCUCUACUUGAGUGUUUCCCACACUGUCCUGUGCAGAGACUCAUGCUGCAGACCACGGAAGUGAGGCCGGGGCAGUUUAGGGCUCAGAGCGCCUGUCUUCCUGGACUCCUUUCACACUCUACAGCUCUCCGUGCGUGCAAACUGGAACCCAGUUCUUUCAUUAAAAUGCGUGAACAAGGCCGCAUCAUAAGGACUGGUGUGAGCUGGAUUGUGAUGAAUCUCUCCAGAUUCACAGGAAAGAGGUCAGGUCACGUUGAUUCUUCUGCUGUGGGGCUCUUCUUGGGAAUUUAAGCUCUGAGUUAAAGCCAAGGGAGAAAGCAUUUGAAUUCAUUCGCAAUCACCACUCAGCACAAAAUGCAGAAAUUCCUUCGAGGAUUAGAGUGACUGGCUGUCUGCUGACAUCAGCAGUAAAGAACAAGCCACAUAGAUUCGGAGCCUGUGCUACAGACCUGUGACUUGUGACCUGUUCCUGCGGGUUAUGCCGCUACACUCUUGCAAGGCAGUUAAGUAUGAGAACUUCCUUCACAAGCCCGCAUGUGUAGACACCUGUUAGUGCAGUUAGCAAGAGAGCCAUAUGGCCAGUACUGUGCACCCUGAGUAGAUGGGUCCAGCUCCUCUUGGUUGGGAGGCAGGUUGCAAAUGGUGGGUUCCCGGGGCAGGUCUCUCACUUCUUGCCAUGUUUUCAUUGUUUUGCUCUCGAUGCCCUCUCCGAAGUGGCCUGGUGGGAGAUGUUGUUUAUCCAGUAGGGAAAUGACAAAUGAACCAUUUGCACUGAUUAAGAUGUUACUAUUUAUAAUCAUGCAGGUGAGAAAAACCAAAGCAUUCAGGAGACAGAGGCAUAAGCAGAGGAAGAUGCUAAUAUUUUGCACCUGCUCUCCAUAAAGCUAAUGUGGCUGUCUUGACAUAGGAAAAUUCAGCUGAAAGGGGCGCGCGUGCAGGGCAGGGACAGUCCUCCUCUCUAUGUUACAGAGAACUUUGAGUAAGUUAGAGGACCUGCCUAGGAUUAACUGAAGAAUUGAUCUUAAAUUCUUGCAAUAACAAAAUCCUGCUUUCAUGACCAUUUGAACUCAGUUCCCCAUCUAAGUUGGGGGAAAAGUUUUGCAUUCCCUAUCAGCAUACUAGUUCAUUUAAAUUGUAUCAUGUAAAACUGUCUUGCUAGAAAACACCCGUAGGAACUCCAACCGCCCUGGGAAAGGAGUAUUGGAAAGUAUCAUACUGGGGUCUCACUCCAUCCCCUUGUAGAUUCCAACCAGACCUAAUGUUUGGGCUAUGGUACCCUAUCUGUGGUGUUAAAGGAAUACAUGUGAUUUACCUGAGCAUGCCCAGACCACAACACUGGAGAGGAGUGGUGUUCACUUUACUCCAACCCUGCUGAACACAGGAAAUUUCCAGUUGCUAAAAAUCAAAGCAGCUUGUUCACUUGGGGGAGAAUUCUAUGUAUGGCAGACUUGGUGCGUUCGUACAUUAAGGGCUAUAUUUUUUUAGCAUUUGACUUACUUGUGACUUGAAGUGUGUACAGAUUGCAUGGCCUAGAGGAGGCUUCUGUGGCCAUGUGGUGGCCUCAGUCAGUGCUUCCUUCAAAACUUCUCUAAGAGAGUCCAGACUCUCGCGUUGUCUUCCUGUGCAACUUAUUAGAGGUAUGAAAAGCCUCUGAAAACAGCAAGCUCUGCAUUUUCAUACUGUGUGGAGUUUGUUAUGAAAUAUUUUUAAUACGACUCCUUCAACAACUAAACAGGAAACUGCCUGUUCUCUGAAACCCCAAAGAGAAAAGCUGCAGCUAGUGGGUACUACGGUGCAAAAAAAGGGGGGGAAGAUAGUUUUCUAUCUGUCCUGUCCUCUGUUCCCCCCAAGUCCUGAUUCUGUCGCCUCCAGCCUGAGCCUUCCCUCCCGAGGCACGGCCCCACCCAUCAUUUCCGUCUGUCUUCUGUCGGUCGCCACCAGUGUGGAAAGGCUCAGCUGGUGAUGUUUCUAAAACAGACUUCUUUACUUUGAAGCAAGCAUCUUUUUCUAAAGGUAGCUUCGCCAAUGACGCUGUCAGGUAGAUCUGCUUUUGCAAGUUUAAAAGAAUUCAAACUAUCCUCUUUUGAGUCUUUGUUAAAAAAGAAAAAAAAAUCUCAAGCAAACCUAGAGUGGCAGGCACUCCAGGGCAUGUUGCAGGAAGCUGGCAUGACUCCCGGCUGUGUGCUCCAAGAACCCUGGCUCUGAAAAGAUUGCUGAUAACUGUUUCAUCUGUACUUUCUGUGCCCUCCUCAAUUUUGAGUUACAUUUUUUCUUCUUUAGACAAACCAAGGCUUUGUGUGCUUCAGAUUCACUCUUUUGUGCCCCUUUGAAGAACUCUAUCCAGAAACAGAGGGUCAGGGCUUUGGAUUUGCAGCAGUGUGUCUCCGGAUGGCACUGUGCGGGGAGGAACACCCACCUCUACUGGAACAGGAGAACAAGCAAGCCUGCAGCAUUUUCGAGAUCGCUAUUCCAUCUUCUCCCCGUGGAGCAGAGGGACACGGUGACAAUUAGAUUGCUUUCACUUGUGUGUGUUUAAUGUUGUAGCAAAUUCACAAAGAAGGGGACAAGUGGCUGUUCGAGCUGAAGCUUUCUAAGCAACGAAUGUGUGCACAAUAAAGUUCCACAAAGCCAACUUUCCCCCCAGGAGCUUAAUGCAACUGAAUGGCAGUUAUCAUUAAAUAAAAUGCUCUUCUGUGUCUCUUCCGAGUGGCAGUCCCAUGAGUCACUUUCCAUGGGUGAAAGAUAGAAAGAGACAAGCCUAUAUGCAUUGACAUUCAGAAAGGUUAUGAUUAUACAUGCAAAUAUUUUACCUGUGGAAGAGGAGACAGUUGCCCACAGAACUGAUGUUUUGGGGAGUUCUUUGUAUAGAUGUGUCUGGUGGUAAAUGUGGGGGUUUCCAUGAGAUGCCAAAGACCCUGCAUCGAAUCUCUUCUAAUUUGGUUAAUGGGAUUACUUUGACCUGCUGAAAGGCCUACCCACUCUUCCUUCCUUCCCUCCCCUUGUGGUGAUAUGAAAGCAAAUGUUGAGAAGUUUUUGAGAAGCUGUGCUGUGUUCCCUGUGGACUGGAGCUGGUGUGUGCCAGUGCCCGAGCACCUGGUGCUCAGGUGCGGAGGAGAACUUGGCCUGCAGGCUCUGUCCCUGCGCCCCUGAUGUAGGCAGCACACACCGCCCUCCUUCACCACUGUACUCAACUCUGUGAAUAAAGCUAUGUGCUUCCGCCCUCA